AUGUAUUGUUAUGAUGAUAUGAUGAUGGAGAUUUCUCCAACUACAACACCAACCCUUCAAUUUCAUAAUAACAUUGAUUAUUUACAAUAUAUACCUUCUUCAACCACCACCACCACCACAACCACUACCUCAACCACAACCUCAACCAAUAGUCUACAUUAUUUGCAGGACAAUUUAAAGUUGACUACAUUUCAUAAAUUUUUAAAAUCAAAUCCUCAAUAUAAAUAUCAUGAUGAAUUAUUAUUUAAUCGAUUAUUAAAUAUUUGUUGGAGAAGAAUUUAUAAAAAUCAUUAUAAUUUAAAAGAAUAUAAUCCUUUAAAAAUUAAUUGGGAUAAAAAUUCCGAUAUUACUUGGUUAUAUGGUCCACAAUUAGAAUUAAUUGAAAAAGAAAAUCAAUAUCAUCAUCAUCAUAAUAGUAUAUUUAGAACAAAUUCAAAUAUUGAUUUUAAUAUGAACAAUGGUAAUAAUGGUAAUGGUAAUGGUAAUGGCAAUAAUAAUAAUAAUAAUAGUCUUAAUACUAGUUCUAGUACUAGUACUAGUAGUAGUACUAGUAGUGUUAAUUCUACUGAUGAAGAUAAUGAUGAUGGUAGAUUAGAUUUAUUUCAUGAUGAUUUAGAUAAUAGUUCUAUAUCUUCAAUUGAAUCAUAUUGUUCAGCAUUAGAUGAUGAUGAUGAUUAUGAUAGUAAUGAUAACCUUGUUAAUAAUAAUAAUAAUAAUAAUAAUAAUAAUGAAAGUGAUUAUUGUUAUGAAGGUGAUGAAGAAAAUGAAAUUUUAGAUAAUAAUGAUUAUUCAAAUUAUAUUACUACUAAUAAUUGUAUUAACAAACGUCAAAGAAAGAAUAACAAGAAUAAAGAUAAUAAAGAUAAUACAAUGAUAAAAGUCAAUAGAAGAAAUGGUAAUAAUGGGAGAAGAAGAUCAACUACAUCAACUAAUUCUUCUCUACUUGAUGAUAAUGAUAUUGAUGUUAUUACUGCUAAAUCUAAACAAAAUGAAAUUGAAAUAAUUUAUUCAAAUUAUUCUGGUCAUGAAUGUUUAUCUAAGAAAUCAAUUCUUAAAAAUAAAAGUUACACUAACAUUAACAUUAACACUAACAUUAACACUAAGGCUAAAUCUAUUAUUACUACUGCCACUACUAGUAAUAAUAACAUUGAUUGUUAUUAUCAAUGGGUAUUCCAUAACAACAACAAUAAUAGUAAUAAUAAUAAUAAUAAAUCAUUAUAUAAACAUUUGAAGAGGAAUAAUAAUAAUAAUAAUAAUAAUAUGAAAAAGAAGAAUAAGAAGAAAGUAUCAUUCAAUCAUAUUGUUAACACUAGAGAAAUAAUUAAUGGAAUGUCAGUUGAUUAUGAUUUCUUAGAUCAAAAUUGUUUAUAA